AUGGUGGUUCUUCAAGUGAAACGUGGGGAUGAGACCCUCUUCCUGUUCGAGACCAGUGUCAAUGAGAAGUCGGACACUGUGCUGCGGGAUUUGGUGGCCAUCCACAAUGGCCAGUUGAAGGUUCAGCGCGUCUGCAUGGAAAUCGAGGAGUUGGCCGAACACGGCACCAUGCUUCCAAGCGAAAUGAUUGGACUCAACGACGACCAGAUCGAGGAGCUCAAGCUGAAGGAUAUGUGGGCCGACAAGUGUAUUCCCUCUGGCGGUUUUAGUUUCAACAAGGAUCCCCUCAGCCGCCGCAACGGCCAGCAGCCCACUGAGGCCAUGCAAAAGGUUCUGGCCAAUGCCAUGACCGACGCCAAGGCCAUGGUAGAUCGGGUAAUACUGGAUGAUAGGAAGCCAACUAUCCUGAAGAGUUGCCUUCAAUUUUAAUUCUUGUAUAUCCUUUAGAAACUGGCCAAAUCCUCGAAAGCCCUCACCCUUAAAAUAGUGGAGGAGGCCAU